AAAAUGGAGCAUAAAGGGAAUGUAUUGAUGCAAAGAUAUGACUUUGGGCGAUUGUUAGGCCAAGGGAACUUCGCUAAGGUUUACUAUGCAAGGAACCUUGAAACUGGCCAGAGUGUGGCUAUUAAGGUUAUUGACAAGGAGAAGAUUCUGAAAGUGGGGCUGAUUAAUCAGAUCAAGAGAGAGAUAUCUAUUAUGAAACUGGUGAAACAUCCAAAUGUGUUGCAACUCGAUGAGGUCAUGGCCUCGAAAAGCAAGAUUUACUUUGUUAUAGAGUAUGCUAAAGGUGGUGAGCUCUUUAAGAAGGUAGCAAAAGGAAGGUUCAAUGAAGAUGUUGCAAGGAACUAUUUUCACCAAUUAAUCAGUGCAGUUGAUUUUUGCCACAGCAGAGGCGUCUAUCACAGGGAUUUGAAACCAGAAAACUUACUACUGGAUGAAAAUGGAGUUCUAAAAGUAUCAGAUUUUGGAUUGAGUGCACUUGUUGAAUCCAAGGCUCAAGAUGGUAUGCUCCACACAACCUGUGGAACUCCUGCAUAUGUUGCUCCUGAAGUUAUCAGUAGAAAAGGCUAUGAUGGUGCCAAAGCUGACAUUUGGUCUUGCGGUGUAAUCUUGUAUGUUUUGCUGGCUGGUUAUCUUCCAUUUCAUGAUGCAAAUUUGAUUUCAUUGUAUAAGAAAAUAAGCAAGGCAGAAUAUAAAUGUCCUGGCUGGUUUUCAUCUGAAGUACGCAAGCUCGUAUCGAAAAUGCUUGAUCCUAAUCCAAGGAAUAGAAUUUCCAUUGCAAAAAUAAUGGAAACUUCCUGGUUUAAAAAAGGGUUCAAUUCUAAAUCUGUUAAAGCUAAAACUGAUGGGAAGAACUCAGAGAUUUUGGUGACCGAUUUAUCUUUCCAUCCUUCUGAGGAAUCUCCCUCUUUUUCUGAAGAUAAGAAAGAGUUGGGCAAGCCUACCAGUUUGAAUGCUUUUGAUAUCAUCUCUCUUUCAGACGGGUUCAACUUGUCUGGUUUUUUCGCCAAAAGUAACAAGGAGAAAGAAGCAAAAUUCACGUCAAUGCACACAGCUUCAACUAUCAUAACUAAACUAGAGGACACUGCUAAGAACCUGCAGUUAGAAGUAAAGCAAAAGGAUGGAGGGUUGUUGAAAUUGGAGGGAUCCGAGGAAGGUCGAAAAGGGGCAUUGUCCAUUGAUGCAGAAAUAUUUGAGUUCACUCCAUCUUUUCAUUUGGUGGAGGUGAAAAAAUCAGCUGGUGAUACACUGGAAUACACACAGGUACUGGAACAAGGUAUAAGGCCAGCUCUCAAGGACAUUGUCUGGGCAUGGCAAGGUGAGAAGCAGCAACAACAGGAAGAGCAACAACAAGAAAAUUCUUCCUAG